UUUGUUUUGAAUCUCUACAUAACUCGAUUAUUUAAAAAUCGAGUUAGUUAUACUGUUAUAAACCCUGAUUUCGUACUGUCUUUGUGUCAGGUGGAGUGUUUCAAUGUAACUCGAUUCCUGGAAUAUCGAGUUAUAAAGUAUACUUGAUAUCCGUAAAGUCGAGUUAUUCUCUUAUAAUUUCUGCACACCUUCUCCCACUCAGUGUGCCUUGCUCUCUGCUGAACUGAGGACUUUCUGCUGAACUGAGUUGGAACUCCUCCACGGAUCAACAGCAGCUUUCUUCAAACUCAAUUGAAAUUUGUAUCACCUCAGUGUCAAUGUCUGGUUCUGGCAACCCACAACUCUAUAGGCCUCAUGAUGUGUUCACUGCUAUGGGUCGUUGUUGGGUAUUGGAAGAUGAGUUCAGCUAUCCAAUCAAUCCGAAUUUGCGAAAUAGUGCUUACGUUCACAAUACCAUGAGACAGGAGUGGGCUUGGUUAUUUCGUGAACAACAAAUGUUUUAUGAUGAGUUGGUUGGUUUUAAGUUGCCAGUGCCUCGGCGACUCGCAUCAGAAAUGCCCAGAGACAGCAUCGACGAACUUCGUAAAGCAUUGAACCGCAUAAGAGAAGAAAAUAAUCGAAUGAAGAUACGUCUUAAUCGAUAUCGGACCCAAGUUGAGAUUCGAGAGUCAGUGCAGGAAGGGUGGUACGAGCAUGCACAGUUCAUGCAAUCACUUCUUGCUGAUCCCAUUUAUCAGUCAGACGUGGAGAUGUCAGAUGAAGAGUAAUCGUGUUGUGUCGUGGUGUAAUUAAA